CAAUAUUAUGUAUGCAAGCCUAUUACCAAACAGUGGCAAAUAAUCCCAAAUCCAAAGAUGCGAUACCAAACUUUAGAAACUAGCAUGAUUGUGAUAAGAUCAAACCCUUUGCAUUACAAGAUAGUAAGAUUCUCGGAGCCAAAACCUCGCUAUCAAGAUAAAAAGUUUUAUCGAUAUCACUUGGUUAGAUGUGAGUUGUUUGAUUCAAAGACUUGGAAGUGGAAGCAACUGGAGGAAGUAAAGUUCCCACAAACAGAGUUACUUAGUCGCAAUACCACCGUGUCUGUAAAUGGCUCGCUUCAUUGGCUCACCUGGAAAAGAAACAAUAUCUUCGCAUUUCAUGUAAACAAGGAGAGCUAUAGCAUAUUUUCACUUCCUUUACCAGUUUCUGAGGAUAACAAAAGCAAGGACAUUGCACUUGUCAGAUACAAGGGAAAACUUGCCAUAACCUCCAUUGGUAGAGAAGAUAGUUUCAUGGAAUUAUGGGUCAUGGAGAACUAUGACAGAAAGGAAUGGAACAAGACACAUACAGUAAACAUAGAAGCUUUAAGAAGAAAAGAACCCUAUACAAGGCCUGUGGCCUUCUGCAAUGCUGACAUUGCACUAAUGAAAGAACAUGAUCGCUGUGUGACGUUCUUUAACAUCACAAAUGGAAGUACUGAUAGGCUGUCAUUAGAGAAGAGCUUAAAUCAUGGAUGUUUUCCAUUUCAAUCCAAUUUUGAGCUGAGUGAUUUGAUGGGUGAAUCCGCAUCAAUGCAGGUUUCGGACAAUACUUUGCUUUAA